GUGGACUCCGCCUCAGUGCAGCAUUAGCAUACUCGUAUAUAUAAAUGGCGCUUAUUCAGUCUAUUAGUCCUUUGGUUUUAAUCCUCCAUCAGUAUUGAUGAAGUCUGUUGUGGUUGUUUUGCUCCUAGCGGCUGUGGCAUGCAGCAGAGCUGACAAUAAGAUCGUCGGAGGGUACGAGUGUCCGCCUCACUCCCAGCCCUGGCAGGUGUUUCUAAGCAAAGAUGAUGGAGAACGGUGGUGCGGUGCAUCCUUAAUCAGCGACAGGUGGGCAGUGUCUGCUGCUCACUGUUACCUGCCGGCCUCUCGUCUUGCUCUCCACCUGGGAGAGCACCAUUUGUUCGAAGAUGAAGGCACAGAGCAGAGGAUCUGGGCAGAGAAAGCCAUACCUCACCCUGACUACAACCAAAACACAGUGGACAAUGACUUCAUGCUGGUCAAGCUGAGUGAGCCUGCCGUUUUCAAUGAGUAUGUGCAGCCAAUACCCCUGGCAACCACAUGUGCAAAGGAAGGGGAGCAGUGCCUGGUAUCUGGAUGGGGUAAUCAGAUCAACACUGGAGUGGACUAUGCAACCGUACUCCAGUGUCUGGACCUACCUGUGAUCGCACGCUCAGACUGUGAGGCUUCUUAUACAGGUCAAAUCACAGAGAACAUGUUCUGUGCUGGUUUCAUGGAGGGAGGCAAAGACUCCUGCCAGACUGACUCAGGUGGUCCUCUUGUGUGCGAUGGCAAGCUGCAGGGGGUUGUAUCCUGGGGCAAUGGAUGUGCAUUCCCUGGCAAUCCUGGCGUUUAUGCUGAAGUCUGUCGCUAUAUCGACUGGGUCAAAGACAUCAUGGCCAACAACUAGGAGUGAAAGUCAGUUACAGUGUUUCACAUCCAGUUUGGACCUCAUUCAAUAAAGUUAUAUGGUCAAGCAAAA